CUCAGACCUAUCUUGUCAUCGGCUCUUUUGCGUAAUACAAAAUGACGGCUCUGAGUGGACAUCUUGCCUUGGUCACCGGUGCUACAGGUGGCAUCGGCAAAGCGACAUGCUUAAAGCUUGCAGCCGAGGGAGUCAACGUUGCGGUCCAUUACCACUCUGCCAAAGCCACGGCGGAUGAGUUGACGAGGAAAUUGCGAGACCUGGGCGUUCAAGCUGAGAGCUUUCAAGCGGAUCUGCAGGACUACGAUGAGGUGCGGAAGCUUCACGCGGCGGUGGAGGAGAAAAUGGGCAAGGUGACGAUCCUGUACAGCAACGCGGGCACGACGCUGUCCAAGCACAGGCUGAGCUCGAUCGACCAGGUCUCCGUCGACGAGUUCGAGCGGACGUGGAGGGCGAACUGCGGCUCCGCCUUUCUCCUCGCGCAGCUGUGCAUGCCGGCAAUGGAGGCCCAAGGUUGGGGCCGGGUGAUUUUCUGCAGCAGCGUCGCCGGUUUCACGGGCGGCGUCGUCGGGCCGCACUACGCUUCGUCAAAGUCCGCGCUUCACGGGCUGAUCCACUGGAUGGCGGGAGCGUACGCCAAAAAGGGCGUCACGGUCAACGGCGUGGCUCCUGCUCUGAUCCAGGACACGGCCAUGCUCCCUGGCAGCAACGACGAGCUGGCUUCCAAGAUCCCCAUCGGCCGUCUCGGCAAGCCGGACGAGAUAGCGGACACGGUGUUGUGGAUGGUGAAGAACUCGUAUGUUACAAACAAGGUCGUCGCGGUCGAUGGAGGGAUGUUUGUUCAGUGAUGACUUGAGCGAUUUGCCUCCAUGACGGGAAGAUACGCAAAACAGACCGAAGAACGACACGUACUUCAGGAAUCCUUACCAAGUCCACAGGCACAGAGACGACGUGGUACGUCAUUCGUUUUGGAGUUCUACAUUUUGCCUCAGACAUGUUGCAUAAUGAUGGAGACAAAGCCACGCACACUACCGUAAUCACUUCACACCCACUAGUCGAUCUUAUUUGCAAUGGGUGGUCACGAGACGGACCCCUUUUGAUCAUCACCUCCAGCAUUGCUGGCUUUCUCCCUCGCGAAAAUUUUCGUAUUGAACUCAGUCCGACGCUGAAUGCACCUGAGAGCAAUGAAUUGGCGUACAACGCUGAAGUCAACAGUGAAUAGAUUCAAUUAAUUAUGAUCUCUUAAUACAAGAUGACGAUGCAAGUAAAGGCCCU